CAUCGGAUCAGGAGGUGCUGUCUAUCUGCGUGGGUUUUGACCAAGCAUUAACAGGAUACACUUUAAAGUGGUAAGCAGUUCCUACUGCUCCCACCCCCACCGCACCCCCUGCUGUGCUAGCUCCUACUGCUCCCACUCCCACCGCGCCCCCUGCUGUGCUAGCUCCUACUGCCCCUCCUCAGCUCCAGUCAGCCUCCCAGCCAACAGCUGGACCACUACAGCCUGCUGCUGACGCUCAGGUGCUUCUCCCUGAGGGAUGGAAGCAGACCCUCCCAAAGGAGCAGCAAGAGUGGGUCAGUCGGGCCAUUUUCAUCAGGAACAAGCAGCUCAAAUGUGUCCUGAAAAGCCAGCUUGAGCUGUGGUACUUCCCUCCUCUGCCUCCUAACAUCAGCCAUCAGCCUCCAGCUUCUCCCUCCGCCUACUUCCUCCGGCCAUUCUGCCUCUGGAUGCCCUACCGCCUGUGGGCCUUUAAGUUUGUGUGCACCCAGCCACGGUGCAAGCGUCAAAAGCUCACAGGCUGUGGGGUGUACAAGACAGUCCGGAGGGUGCUUGACAUGGACGGCUGGUAUUAUAUGGGGACAGAAUACCUGGAGUGCCGCCUCUGUAAGAAGAAGCUAGCAGGAUGGUCGCUGGAUAUCUUGGACCAGCUGGACGCAAGUCAUCGCUCCAUUUUCCCAGCCAUCUUGACUUACAGGCUGUCAUGUGACCUGAAGGUGGUCAGGCUGAUGAGAGAGAGGACACUGGGGAACAGUGUGACCAGGCUGUACAACCAGCUGAGGGAGCAGCACAGCCAGACCUGGAUGAGUCGGACCCUGUACUACCUGUCCGUCUGUGACCACUUUGUAGUCCCAGGUGCCGCACCACUGAGGGUAACACCUCCUCCUCCCUUUUUGGAUGUGCCCUCAGCCCAGUGGCUGCUGACUGUCCACGGCUACGACGUUCUGUUCCAGCUGGAGGACUUCAAGGCCAGAGUCACCUCCAUCUUUGGGUCCAUCCUGAAGAUGGAUUCAACCAAGAAGGUGACCAAGAAACUAGCUGGGGCAGCACACGGGACAGCAGCGUGGGCCACAAAUGUGGGCAAUGAGUACGGCCAGGUGCUCAUUACGGUCCUCACUGACAGCGAAGGAGAGGGCCUGCUCGACAUGGCAGCUGGCCUCCAGCAGCGCUACAGUAGAGCUGGAGUGGCACCUCCCAAGCUGCUCUAUGUCACCCGGGACUGCUGCGCCCUGAUGGGAAAGGGGAAGACGGCAGCCAUGUUCAGCCAGUGGGAGGAACUCAUCGUCCGGCUGGAUGUGGGGCACCUCAUCCGUCGCUUUGCUCGGGGAGUGACAACAGAGAGCCAUCCUCUGUAUGCUCUCUUUUUGCGGCGGCUCUCCUCCUGCAUGUUGGUGUGGUGUGCAGAGGAUGUGGAGCGCCUGCUGGAGGCCAAGCGAGGUGAGCUCAAGGUGAGCCACAUCACGGGGCUCAGCGACGCACAGGUGUUGAAGAGGAUCCGCCUGAAGGAGAUGGCUCGGCACUGUCGUCGCCGCACGCGCGGGGCGGAGGAGACCGAGCGUCUCAUCGGGGAGCUCCUGGAGACCUUCAUCGAUGCCACAGACACCCUGGGCGUCCGGCUCCUGGACCGUGACCGAAUGCAGGCCAUCUGGCAGACCCAGAGACAACACCUGGUCUGUAUUCAGGACCCCCCUGGUGUCAGCAUCUACACCAACAAGGGCAAGGACGUGACCAAGGGAGGGGUCAUCCUGCCUGUGUUGCGCUGCGCCCGUGAGUCCACCUCCCUGGAGUCUUUCCACCUCCACCUCAACCACUUCAUUCCUGGAACAAGUGCGUCUGCCGAGCACUUUCAGGCCUACCUCCUUGAAGGGUUGGUUCGGUGGAAUGAGGACCGUGCCGAAGCUGCAGCGGAGGGGGGGGGACAGAAGCAGACCCUGCACUGCUAUGAUGGUGUAGCCCAGCACGCCAUCAAUGAGCUGAGCCAGAAGCUCCUGGGCCGCAGUCUUGUGAAGGAUCACACAAGGCCUGCAAAGUACACUGGGGAACUCAUUGGGGUCAAGUAUCUCUUCUCCCAGAGCCAUGGUGACCAGAGGUUGGAGUCCAACCUCGGUAAGGACCCGGAUGUCCCAGACGGGACACCUGAUCUAUUUGAGGGAGGAGAGGUAGAGGAGGAUGACCUGGGAGAGCUUGAGGAGGAGGAUGACCCCACCAUGUCCUUGCCCGACCUCGAUGACCAUCUCCCACCAGUUCCUCCACUCAGGAAGGCCACUCCACCGCCCACUCAACCCAACCCAUCCCAGGUACCUGUCGUCACACCCCCUGAGUGGCUGGCACUCAUGAAGGCCCAGCGUGGUGCUAGCAAAGGCCAGUAAACUCUGACUGACUGACUGAUUGGUGUGUCAAUUGUAAAGUCGUUUUUGUACAUAUCUUCUUUGUUGUUUAUUUAUUUUUUACGACAUUCAUUGUUAAUCUCUUGUACAUUUAGCUCAUUUCAAAUCAUCUUAACUUGUACAGUAGGUGUAGGGGACAUUAUGCUGGGUUGUUUCACAUGUGACAUUCCCUGUGAAAUAAAUAAUAAUUGAAUGCAAGCA